UGCACGGCCGCGGCCGGGCGCUCUCGCGAGAUCGGCGUUGGCGCCGUGACCUCCAUGUGAGCGCGGCGGCGCUCCCCGGUAAACAGUGCCCGGGCCGGGCGAUGGCUUCCGGCGCAUCCCCGUAGCCCUGCCCGCCGCCGGCCCGCCGGGACCCGCCGCGAUCUGCGCUGCCUCGGCGGGAUCGGGGAGCGCCGUGGGAUCUGCUCGGCUCCCCGUUCUUCCCCCGCGUCCCGCCGAGCGGGACGGGCGGCCCGGAUUGCGGGCAGGAGGGUCGCGCCCGCUGCGCGGGGUUUGAAAUUCCUGCCCCGUCGGGCCAAACAAAGAGCGGGGUAGCGUCCAGACCGCUCCCCAGCACCUCCCACGCCGUGGGCGCUCACCCGCGAGCGGACCCCGUUCCCACCCCCUGCCCGCGUCUCCCAUCCUUCGCCCGCGGCCGGCCGAGCGGGCGGCAGGGCGCGCACCAUGUGGAUCCAGGUCCGCACCAUCGACGGCACGGAGACCCAGACCAUCGACGACCUGAGCCGCCUCACCAAGAUCGAGUGCCUGCGGGAGAAGAUCGAGGAGACCUUCCGCGUGAGCCCCGACCGCCAGCGGCUCUUCUACCGGGGCAAGCAGCUUGAAGAUGGACACACUUUAUUUGACUACAAUGUUGGACUAAAUGACAUAGUUCAGCUUUUGAUACGUUCUGAUUCUGAAGCUCCUACUGCUGCAUCUGUGACAGAUCAGGAUGGAGAAGUCAAUCCCUGUGCUGCUUCCAACUGCAAGAACAAAGUCAAAAAAACAAACAGUGGAUCACCGAGUCAGCCGUCUACAUCGUCUCGCUCGUUUCUCAUUGAUCCUGGCAUUGGAUUGUACAAGAUAAAUGAAUUGGUGGAUGCCCGUGAUAUCAACAUUGGAGCCUGGUUUGAAGCUCAUAUAGAAAAUGUUACCCGAGCAACAAAGGGACAUAAGAAUGGUAAAGCUCAAGGGAAGAGUGGUAGCACUUACAAAAGGACUAAUGGAAACUUAAAUCAAGAUCAUUCUAGAGAAAAUGCAAAUAGUUUGGACAGUACACCUUCCACAUCUUAUUCAGACUGUAUGGACACUGAUGAAGAAGCUAUUUAUCAUAUCAAGUACGAUGAGUACCCAGAAAAUGGCAUAAUAGAAAUGGACAGAGUUAAUCUUCGACCCCGAGCAAGAACCAUUCUGAAGUGGAGUGAGCUAAAAGUGGGUGAUGUGGUGAUGGUUAACUACAAUGUUGAGACACCAGAAGAAAGAGGAUUUUGGUUUGAUGCAGAAAUUACCUCUUUGAGAGAAAUCUCAAGGACUAACAAAGAGGUUCAUGCUAAAAUUCUGCUGGGAGGUCCAGAAGACACAAUAAAUGAUUGUAAAAUCCUUUUUAUAGAGGAAAUGUACAAGAUUGAAAAGCCAGGAGCCUAUCCACUGACAUUUGGGGAUGGAGAUUUCAAAAGAAAAAGUGGCCCUGAAUGCAAGCACUGUAGGGCUGAUCCAGAUAAGGAGUGCCGGUUUUGUUCGUGUUACUUGUGUGGUGGCAAACAGGAUGCUCACAUGCAACUCCUGUGUGAUGAAUGUAAUAUGGCUUAUCAUAUAUACUGCCUGAACCCUCCUUUAAGCAAGAUACCAGAAGAUGAAGACUGGUAUUGUCCUUCCUGCAAAAAUGAUUCUAAUGAAGUUGUAAAGGCUGGAGAAAAGCUCAAACAGAGUAAAAAGAAAGCAAAGAUGCCAUCUGCCAGUACUGAAAGCCAGAGAGACUGGGGAAAGGGCAUGGCCUGUGUUGGUCGCACUAAAGAAUGCACUAUUGUUCCUUCAAAUCAUUAUGGGCCUAUACCUGGUGUUCCUGUUGGGACAACCUGGAAAUUCAGAGUUCAGGUGAGUGAAGCAGGUGUUCACAGGCCCCAUGUUGGUGGAAUCCAUGGACGCAGUAAUGACGGAGCUUAUUCACUCGUACUAGCUGGGGGAUUUGAAGAUGAAGUGGAUCGAGGAGAUGAGUUCACUUACACUGGGAGUGGAGGUAGAGAUCUUUCUGGCAAUAAAAGAAUCGGAGAACAUUCAUUUGAUCAGACAUUAACACACAUGAAUAGGGCAUUGGCCCUUAACUGUGAUGCCCCACUGGAUGAUAAAAAUGGAGCAGAGUCAAAGAAUUGGAGAGCUGGUAAGCCAGUUAGGGUAGUGCGCAGUUCAAAAGGACGGCGGAUCAGCAAAUAUGCCCCAGAGGAAGGCAACAGAUAUGAUGGCAUUUACAAGGUGGUGAAAUACUGGCCAGAAAUUGGAAAAUGUGGAUUUUUAGUUUGGCGCUAUCUUUUGAGGAGAGAUGAUGUUGAGCCUGCACCUUGGACUUCAGAAGGAAUGGAGCGGUCAAAAAAGCUCGGUCUAAGUGUACAGUAUCCAGAAGGUUAUUUGGAAGCCAUGGCUAGUAAGGAGAAGAAAGAUAAGGUUAAAAAGCAAACUGUGAAACAGGAGCCAAGCAGCCAAAGUAAUGGAAACCAGAAAAGGACAAUUGAUGAUGCAGGUACAGAGGAGCCUACAAAUGCAUCCAAAGCCAUGAGGAUGGGAGAUGGAGGGAAAGGAGAAGCUUUCCAGCUGACCCAAGAGCAGCAAUGGCUGAUCAGAGAAGACUGCAUGAACCAGAAGCUGUGGGAUGAAGUACUUGCUUCUCUUAAGGAAGGACCAAAUUUUCUGAAGAAACUGGAACAAUCCUUUAUGUGUGUCUGCUGCCAGGAGUUGGUUUACCAGCCAGUGACAACAGAGUGCCUCCACAACGUCUGUAAAAGUUGUUUGCAGCGCUCCUUCAGAGCCGAAGUGUUCACCUGCCCUGCCUGCCGCUAUGACUUGGGGAAGGGCUACACCAUGGCUCCCAACAAGAUCCUGCAGGCACUACUGGACCAGUUCUUUCCGGGUUACAGUAAAGGACGAUGAUGUGCUCAGUCCCUUCUGUACUUCUCCCAGUGACUUUAUAGACAGUAAAGGGGAAUAAACAUGGGAAAUUCAGCAGUGGACCAGCCACCUUGAUGGGACUCAGUAUAUUGUCACUUUUUGAAGCACCUAACCCUCUUCCCCUAAUAGCCAUUUCUUGGUGUUGUGAGAACUCUAAUUCUCAGCUGUCUUUUAACAUCAAGGGUAGUUUUGGCCAGUUAACUAACAGUUUUUAAAGAAGAAAAAAAAGAAAAAAAAAAGAAAAAAAUAAAAAGAAAAGCCUCAGCUCUUGCUGGCCUAGCUGAUGCUUAAUUUAUGAUUUGUUUUUUUGUGACUACCUCAGGACAGAGGAAAGUAAAUUGUGUCAAACAAUGAAACAAUGUUGGGGAUAAAAAAUAGUUAGUGAUGUUUUUAGCUACACACUGCCUCCUGAAUAUUAGUUGUGCCUGGUCCGUGUGGUUUGAUUUACAAAAAAAAAGAACCCAAUAACAAAACCCAAGAAAAACCAAACCAAAAGAAAAACCCACUAAAAACCAGGAAAAAUAAAUAGAUUCAGCACUUAAGCCAUUUGGAUUAAACAGUAAAUUCUGUGGCGUGCAUAAUCCCUUUUUUGUCUUUUUCUUCUAUUAUGCUGUAUUUUUUUGCAAGAACGGGCUGAUUUUUAGUCUAUUUUUGUGAGCUUCAUUGUGCUUUUCUUGUAUCUUAUGCAAGUUGACUACUAAUGAAUAAUGAGAACAAUAUGAAUGCAUUGUUGCUGCAUUAGUGUAAAGUGAUCUGUGUUUUUUGCACUUAAAGAGGGUAUUCAAGACACUCUAAUUGUGUAAAAAAUAGUUCAUAUAAAAAAAGCCACUUCUGUAUUAGUUAAACUGUAUGCUUUUAGUAGGUCUUGUAUCAGUGGCAAUACAUCUACACAGCAUUAAAGGCAGUGCUAGCUUGGAGAAGGUUCAAAUCGCUUCAUAUUGUGAUCUGAAAUUUUAUAUACAGUAUAUUCCCCCCCCAAAAUAUACCUUAUUAAAUAUUUUAUGAUUCAGAAAAUUUGCUAAUUUUGUUUUUACUGUUAUCCACUUAAUUAAGUAAUGAGAUUUUUACAGAAUUUAUUUUUCAGAUUACUAAAUGCUUUCCUUAGGUGGCCAUAUUUUACAGGUGUUUGGCUUUAUAUUCCUUAACUCAUUUCUCAAUGAAGAGAACACUUAAUUUUUAAAAAGGCUGAACUCCAAACCAAGAUCCAGUGGUGACAUUGAUACCCAUGGACUUGCCGGGAGCCUGUAGGUCCAUGUCCCAGAGUGGGAGGGAGUGUCGGCACAGCUGGGAGCUGUGGAAUUCCUGCACAGUGGUUGGUCAGGUGCAUGAGUCGUAUUCCCUCUGUAGGCACUGAGGUUGCAGUGACAGCCUGUGGCCCACAGUGCUACAGGUAGCUCAGAAUUUCUGGAGAGAAUGAUGUGAUUUCACCUUCGUAACAGCCAUUGUAUCUCAUGAGCUCAUAAGACUUGUGGCCUCUAACUUGAGUACUGUAAAAUAUUUUAUGCUUUGUUUUCCACUGGA